UGGUCGAGUGCACUGAUGGUGAAGUCGGGGAAGGUUCAACCAUGGUAUUCCUUCGUCUACUAUUUAAUCAUCUUCGCUUCUACAGCGCUUCAAUACACGUCAUAGAGGGCUCUGAAAUCCAUAUGCAAUUUCUACUUCUCAAAUGCUGAUGACGAGUCCAUCGUGAUUGUAGCUUCUUUAGAGUGAAGGAACACAGCCGCGUUGCUCCAGAGAUCGCUGUUUCAGAUCUGGCUUCGCGAAUGAUCUUGAAUGGUAUUGUCGUGCUCUUCUGUUGCUGCUGUCCUGGAGAGAUUGGGCUUCAAAAGUUUGUGCUCAAAGACAGUACAUCAGUUAAGAACUUGGAUGAGGCAAGCAUGACAUCUUAAACCUUGAAUUUUUCAUCUCCGAAAAGCAUUGCUGCUGUCGUGGAAAGAGUGCGCUUCAAAAAUCCACUUGUGCUCUGUGGUUUUGCUGCCAAUAUUGUGCUUAUCAGAUGUGGUUAUCGGUUUUUCAUGAGGGAGAUACGAAAUGAUAAUAACUUUAUCCCGCAUGUGUUGGGAAAAAACACAAAUGUUGCGAUUUUAAACUUCAUUGGUCCCUCGUGGUUUGAGUGACUGGGAAUGAUAGGCUCUCGGUAGUAAUAGGUUGGUGAUGUUGGCGAUGGGGGUGCAUGAUAUGAUCUGAUGUGUGUGUGUGUGAAUAUGACAUAGUGUUAAGGGGGAACUAUGCAUCAUAGUGUGUCGCAAGUGAACAUGCAAGGACGGUCUCGCUCCGCGCUCUGCGAGGACCCCGUAGUGCCUGGGUGUUGCAACCCUUGGGUUGUACGGUGGAUUAGAGGGAUCUUACCCAUCGUGACAUGGGUCGCGUACCUGGUGGUCGGGGCUGCUAUCUUCGAAGCCGUGGAAAAACCAGAAGCACUAAGUCGGUUGGAGAGUCAGGCGAACAAACAGAAGGAGACAAACGACACUAUUGUCUCUCUGUUCGAAAAGCUCUUUGCUUUUACCAACGGUUCCAUGAACAUGGCGAGGCAUGAUCAAAUCCUGGCCGAGUUGGUGGGCAUUUUGAAGGAAAGUGCAAUGGAAACGAACGAAGUUGUUGCAUCUCAAGAGGCGAGAUGGGAAUUCAUGGAAUCUGCAGUGUUUUGCAUGACGGUUAUAUCAACAAUAGGUUAUGGUUACUUGUCACCGAAGACGCAAACUGGGCGUGGUCUAUGCAUCGUAUACGCCCUCAUCGGUAUACCUCUUAACAUCGUCGUCAUGGCGGGUGCAGGUAACGUCCUCGCUCGUGGAAUCAGAUAUCUUCACCGUCGAUUGAAACAUUGCCUAUUUACAUUGACAACCUGGCGAAAAGUUGGGCCACCGAAGCAGCCAAAUGCGACACCAAGAGGUGUGGACGCGAAAUCGAGUGGGAAUCCGUCGACUAAUGGCGGACAAGACAACAGAGGCUUUCAGUUGCAGAUUCGGCGAGCGGAUUUGUCGACUCAAGAUUCUGUACGAAAUCAGUCUAACCCGGAUGGGAAUGGCACAAAGAGUAACGGGAACGUGCAUGACAAUAACAGGCGACUCUCCCAAUGUAGUGAUAUUGACGCCCCUGUGGACGCCAUAAACGACCCUAAUUUCCCCGUGUAUUUACUCAUAAUCGCUGUGUUGAUGUACGUGGUGGUAUUUGCGUUGUUGUUGUGGUACAGCGAGAUGGGACGGUGGAGUAUUCUAGACGCGUUUUAUUUCAUCAUCAUAACCAUCACCACGAUAGGAUUCGGUGAUCUGCGCAACGAGAAGUCAAAAAGUAGUUUGUCAUUUUUUGAAAAUUUCAUGGCAAUUGCUACUCCCAUUGUGGGAAUGAUUCUUCUCUCGGCUGUGAUUUCAGUCGCGAUUAAUAAGUUUGGGAGGAAGACAAGGAUGAUUGAAGACAAAAUCUGCGGUAAACAUUGACUCAAAGAAAGGUUCUUUUUUUGUUCAUUCAAAGUGUAUUCAUCUAUAUGCUUUCCAUCUUUCAUGAAUUCCCGACUGCGCAAAACAUGGAAGCUUUUAUAACGCAAACUUUAAGCCGGCCUCAGGUCGACCUUGCGUCAACAAAAAAACAGUCGGCGACUGACUUAUCAGGGUCACAGUGCGCCUGAGCUAAGACCAUCGGGAGCUUU